AGCUGAAGCCCCGCACGGCGCGGCUGCACAUGGCGCGGCCCCGCUCGGCGGCAAGGUCUCGCUGCGGGAAGCGGAGCGGAGCCAGCCCCCGAGGGGAAACGCCUGCCCCCGAAGAAGGGGCUGCCCGGAGCCGGCCCCCGCCUCGCCGCGCCGCCCGGAGCCGGAGGCGCCCGAAGGGAAAAGUUGCGUGCGGGGCCGGGCCGGGCGCGAUGCCGGGGCGCGGCGCGCUCUGCCUGGGGCUGCUGCUGCCCGUCCUGCUGGGCUGCGGAUCGGCACAGCCCGGCGGCUGCCCGGCCCUCUGCGAGUGCUCGGAGCCGGCCAGGACGGUGAAGUGCGUGAACAGGAACCUGACGGCGGUGCCCCCCGACCUGCCGCCCUACGUGCGCAGCCUCUUCAUCACCGGCAACCCCCUGACCGACCUGCCGGCCGGCGCCUUCCCCGCCCAGCGCCUGCCCGACCUCGCUUCCCUCAACCUCAGUGGCAACCACCUGCGGACCGUGGAGGCCGGCUCCCUCGCCCUGCCCGCCCUGCGGCAGCUGGACCUCAGCGGCAACGCGCUGGUCUCCUUCAGCCCGCAGGCGCUCGGGGAGGGCGGCAGCCCGCUGGAGGAGCUGCUCCUCCGCGGGGCCCUGCGCGACCACGGCGUGCUGCUCAGCCUGGCCGCCCUGCUGCAGUCCGGGGCCCUGCGCAACCUCAGCCGCCUGGAGCUGGCCGACAACGGGCUGCUGCUGCUGCCCGCCGGCAUGUUCACCGCCCUGCCGGCCCUGCGGCUGCUGGACCUCAGCAACAACUCCCUGGUGGGCCUGCGAAAUGUCUCUUUCCAGGGACUGGGCCAGCUGCAGAGCCUCAACCUGAGCGAUAACUCCCUGGGCGUGCUGUGGAACAGCACCCUGGCCCAGUUCCGCAGCCUGCCCGUGCUCCGGCACAUCGUCCUGCGCCACAACGCCUGGGUCUGUGACUGUGCCAUCGAGGACCUGGUGGCCUGGCUUAAAGAGAGCGACCAGGUGGAGGGCAAAGAAGCCCUGACCUGUGCCUCCCCUGACAAGAUGUUGGGCAAAGCCCUGCUGAAGAUCAAUGGCUCGGACCUGAACUGCUCCGUGCCCAUAGACCUGCCCUCCCAGCUUCAGACUUCAUACGUCUUCCUGGGGAUAGUCUUGGCUCUCAUUGGGGCCAUAUUCCUCCUAGUUUUGUACUUGAACCGAAAAGGAAUCAAAAAGUGGAUGCACAACAUCAGAGAUGCCUGUAGGGAUCACAUGGAGGGCUACCACUACAGAUACGAGAUCAACGCAGACCCCAGGUUAACAAACCUCAGCUCCAACUCGGAUGUCUGACAAAAUGCCCCGGAUGCAGGGCAGUGCAAAGUACCUAUGCAUGAAAAGUAGACUUAUGCUUUACCCUUGUGCUUGCUUCCAUCUCCCCUGAAAAGUCUCAGACAUGCUUGUAACUUGAGGGGGAUAUGCCUCCCUGUGAUGUCAAGUUAAUUUUUGUUUUGAGACACUGAACUGCUGAGCAUGGCGUUCAGCUGUGUGUAGGAAACAAGCUGCUACUUAUUUUCCUCCUUACCUGUCUGCACUUGUGGGAAAUUUUUCAAGUUGUCAAAAGAAAAAAAGGAUUCUCUCUGAUGAUCCAAAGCCACCAGAGUUUAUAAAACGUUUACUAAUGCAGACGCCAUUCAACAAAAGCUGCCUCAACUUUUUGGGAAAAAAAAAUGUUAUGUUCCUCUGUGCCAGUUUUGAUCUUGUAUAUCUGAAUUAAGAUGUGAUGAUUACAUUUCAUAGACUAUCUUGAGAUUUUAAAAACCAAACAAACUCCUUUUAACAGCUCUUCAGAAGGAAAUCAAAUAGCAAGCAUGCACAAAUACUGUAUAGUUUUACAUGUUAGGAAAUUUAUGAUCUCAGUAAGUCUCUUACUAUUUUGUAGUUAUUUUUGACUGCAGUUUACGUGACUUGACAGAAUUUUUUUAUACGAACUGCAUCUAAACUCCAUCUAAACUCAGUCUGAACUGUUAGAUUCAAUAAACAGUCUUACAAGAACUGUUGUGUUUGCUGUUCAAUGAGAAAAGUAUGGACAUCUAAGAAUGUGAAUAGUGCUAUAAUCUCCGAAGUAAUAGCCCUGAAGUAGUAAUAUGAAUAAAAGUUUAUACAAAUGUUUAGCUUAGAGCCAUAAAUGUUUGACAACUUUGUGAUAUAUGCUAGGAGAAUUACACUGAGCUUAAUUACACUGAGAAUUAAACGACGGGAGCAGUUUCACUUGGCACAAACCCCUCAGACUGCCCUCUGAAAGCACCUGCAUAAUGUCAAGACAGAUGCUAGGGUCUACCUUCCUGGGAAGGCACAAGCUAAUAGAAUUUUCAUAAGGUCUUCUCUACCAAAUUAAAAAGCAAAAAAACAACCAAAUUAAAUUGUGGAGUACGUAAGCUAAAGAACAUUUUACCUGAAUGGAGUGGCUUAUUAUAAAAAACCAUACUUGUGUGUCCUGAACUAAAUUAAAUGCAGCUCAAUCGUGCGGUCAGGAAGCUCUAGGCUUAUGCAUCACUACAGCAGUUAUUAGAUUGCUGUUCCUUUUUAAGGCCUUGGUACUUGUGAGGUUCUGUAGCGAUCUACUUCCAGUAACUCGAUGGAACUUUACAUUUAUAUUUAUGCAUUUAACAGGUGCACUUCAGUAUGGUAUGUUGCUUGCUACUUGCUUGGGAAUGCAUUUUCUUGUAAAUAGAUAAAGCAUGCAAAAGAACCCUUCAGAAUGCCUAAUUUAAGAUGCAACUCUGACCACAUAUAGAAAGGUUAGCAAGAACCUUGCAGUGGCUGCCAAUAAUUAGUGCACUUUUUCUAAUAUAUUUAUGGUUUUUUAAUGAAAAAAAAAAUACACCAGCUGUAAAAGUGUGAUGUGACUUGAUAUAUAUCAGUUUAUCUGUGGAGCUUUUUCCAUGGUCACUGUUACUUGAAGCUUUUGAGCAUCUCUCAAAUUUUAUGAAUUGCUGGCUAAUUCCUUUUGCUUUCGAAAGUGACAGUUUUCUCAUAGAUGUAUACAUUUGGUAAGAGCUCAAAUACAAAAUAGUCUUUAAAGUAUCAGAAAAAAUAUAAUCUAUUUUGGGCAUUGGUAUUAUUCAAAAGUGUUUCUCAUCUUGCGACUUCAGACAAAGCAAGUAGCACAAUUUGCUUUUGAUUCAUUUUCUACUGCUUUAAAUUGGAUUUGUUUAACAGCAGUGAUUUUUUUUAUGUACUUAUGUGCAUUUACCCUUACAAGUAAAAAAAAGAAUGGAUAUUAAGUACAACUAUCAUUUUGUAAAUCAGUAUAUUUUGCAAUUAAUGUGGAAUAAGUGAUAGCAUAUUUUCCUGCUGUAAUUUGAAUGUAUGAGCAAUAUCUGGAUAAUGGCAUAUUAAUUAAAUUUGUCAAUUCUUACAAAGCAGGCUGCCCGUCUCAAUAUUAGCUGCCCAUAUUUUAAGGAUAGUGUGAAAACCCCCGUGUGAAGAACUGUUGCUGUUGCCACUAUGCAAACCCUUCAUACUUGGUGUACAUCAGAUAGGUUAUGUAAGAAUUUACAGUGGCUGCGCCGUGUGCUUCGUUGUAUCCGUUAUCGUGGAGAUUAUCAAUUUACACUUACCUGUACAGUGCCAAGAGGAGUAGAGCAUCAUCCUUGCUUAAGAUGCUCCUGUAAUACAAUAGAUAAAAUAUGUGCAAACCAAGCCAUUUCUUGGGCAAUUUCCUGAGUUUUGUUAACAGAUACUUUAACUACAGUAAAAGCAAUUAUCCGUGAUGUGCUAAUGUAACAGCCGUGUGUUUGUGGAGCUGUGUAAGGACAGGCAGCGACUUUCAUUGCAGUCUCUCACCAAUGGAGCAAGUAUUUGUAUAGUGAGCAAGUGUGACUGUUGUUACUGUUACUACACAUAUUAUUCUAAAGAUUAUUAUUACUAUUAUUUUUGUAUCUUAGUCAAUGUAAUAGAAAUUUAUUAGAGAUCUGGUGACAGCUGCUUAAAAACAAUUUUUGUUAUUUGCUUACAUGUGUAUUUAUUAGGAUGUAACAUUUAGCAUGUGUCAGUGUUGUGUUGGAUGAUGUUCCCCUACAGUGUUUGACCAAUAGUGAAUGCUUUGGUGUUUUGUACAAUGCAUUAUUUGAUCUUAAAUUCCCUUCCAUAAACAGUGCUUGAAAUUUGUUUUGCUUUUCUUUUACAAAAUAAUUAACAGUGGUACUCAGAUGACACAUAAAAGUAGCUCCCACACUGCUCCAGAACGUGGUUAAAAACGAAACACUUAAAAAAUAAUUAGUUUCAACUUUCUUCUGAAGCACAUUUUAUAAUCCUACUCUGCUUUGACACCUGGGAUUCCAAUUGACUACUUCCAACUGACUGUUUCCAGAGCAGCUUAUUCAUUCAUUCUUUGUUAAAACACAUGUAGUUCUAAAUCCCUCUAAAAUAUGUUUUGUAUACAUAAAUCCCCUAAGUUCUGUGUGACAUAGUUGUCGCUGAAAAACAUCCAGACUAUAAAGUACUGGAUAAAUCUUCAUAAAAGGCUGCACAGCUUAGAAGCAGAAAGGAUAAUUUUUCCAAGGUUUAUCUGCUUUGUUAAAGCUAGUUUUAGUUGUAGCAAUCUCAUAAUUUUCUUAGAAAAAUAGCACAAGUAAUUAACAUAGUUUUAAUAUAUUUUAUUAAAACACUUUGGAUAAGUGAUGUUGCCGGGUAAACAAAUUCCCCCAAACCUCCUCUAACCAAGGUAGCUUUAAAUUAGAUCAUUUUUAUUUUACUAGAUAAUAUUUAUUUUACCAAGCCAUAAUAUUGCCAGUAAUUCUGACAUCCAGAAAUAGUUUGAAGUUUUGCAACAACUGCUUCAAAUCUUUUCACUGUGGGUAAUUUACUUUUUCAGCACUGGUGACAGUCCCCAGUGACACGGCAGCAAGCAGAGCAGUCUGCUCAGACCCGCAUUCUGUUGUUGACUGAGAUGUCACUGAAAACAGGCAUGGCAAAUUAUUCAAAAUAUGACUGCACUAGGAUCUCAACUCUCAUUAUUCUUCUAGCAUUUUCCCUGUGGUAUACUCCAGUCUUUCUGCAUCUGCAUAAUUUCUUUUUUGCCUCAUUUUUUCAAGAAAUCCAUUAAAAAGAGUAUCAUGAAUCUGCACAGGUAGAGAAAUCAGUCUGACUGCACCAAUAUAUUGAGGUUUAGCAUCUUUAUUUUUCUUUAAGCCUUAAUGUGGAAAAGAGCCUUUGUCAAAGUGGACAGAAUGAAAAUUUGAUAUGCACUUUUUCUUUCUCUUUAGCAGCUGAAUUUUCAAGAAGAACCAUUCAUUCUCAGCAUAUGAUGAAGGAAAAUAGCAUUUGGUAAGAAAAAUGUUUUGGUUUCAAGCUUCCAAAAUGACAUUUAUAUUCCAUAAGAGAAAGUGUAAGGGAGAAGCUUGUGAAGGAAACAGAGAUAUCUCUUCGUAAUGGGUCAGCACUGGAAGUCACAAUGCUAUGGAUAGGAACAAUUCCUGAUUGAAUCUGUCCAUUACCUUCUGGUCAUUUUUGUAGGUUCAGCUCAAAUUUCUUCCUGUUGCUAUAAACAGAAACAUUUUGUUAACAAGUGCUGUCCCAUCUUACAAUAUUUCCAGUGAAGGUGUUUCCACUGUGAGUUUCUUGUGGAAUAUAAUAGAAGAUUGAAUUUAAUUCAGUGCCUGCUGAUUUAAUAAUGAUCAGAUCAAGCUCAUAACUUAAUAAUCCUUUUUUUUUUUUUUUUUUGCAAAUAUGCUGCUUACAAGGGCAAAAGACCUUGGCUUGAAAUCAAACAAUAAAAGCCCAAUUAAAAAAAAAAAAACAAAAAAACAAAAACAGGAGAUAGAUAGAAAGCAGAACAUUUGGAAAGUGCAGCACUCAUUUAGGUACUUCACUCAGAAAAGAGGCAAACCAGUGGGAGCUGAGGGUCCUUUGGUGAUACAGGAGUAAGUGUACUCUGUUAGCUUCCCAAGUCAAUACAGCAGUAGCAGAAAAGUGAUGCUUUAUACCAACACAAUAAACGUAAGAGCACUUCUCUCCCACAUUGAAAAAAACCCCACCAAGCCUUUAGAAGGAAAAGUACAGGUUUGCAGUAUAAGUAUGUCCUUAAAAAGGACUUUCACUUUCUCAACUGUGUUACAAUUUAUGUGUUGUCACAUCCUUGGAAAACCUUGCUAUGCCAGAAGUCAUCUGUUGCGUAGGCAAAGCUUGAAAUCAGUAUUUGCAUUCCCAAUGUUAGCCUAAAUAGAAAAAGCAAACUAUUAAGGAAAUUAAACCAGUACUUUAGACAGCAUAUUUGUGGUAUAGUUAAUAAUUUAAUAUUUGCAAUUACUUACAUUUUUCAAAGUAUUCACUAGAUAACUUUUCCUAUCUGAUGGUAGACUAGCAGAAAAACAGAUUUGUGUUUCCAGUAAUUAUGCAUGAAAGCAUCUGAAUAAAUUAGCAAUAUUUCAGUACAUACGGUGAUGAAAAUGCUAGAAAUCUUGUGUUCUAGAAUGUUUCAAUGUUACAGAAAUGUUAGAUGUGCAAGAAACAGCUGUAACUUUCUGAUUGAAGUUUGGUUUCCUAAUUAAAAAAAUAUUCUUGAGGAAAACCCCAAUAAAAUAUUUACCAGAUUGCUUAUACAUGUUA